AUGUCAGAAUUAGGCAAUGAGGGAGGAAUAAGGAGACACCAACGUACAUAUUCCGAUAGCAUGCUAUCUGAGCAGCAACAGCAGGAAGUACCCUGUUGGUUGAAAGAUCUCCUUGAUGAUGAAGAAGAUCAGAAGCAGCCUAGUACUGUAUGCAGCAACAAGACUCAUAGAAGAUCAUCAAGUGACUCCUUAGCAUACUUAAAUAAUAAAACUAUUCUUCAACAUUCUCCAGAAAGGAAGGUUGUAGAUUCACAACCCUCCUUUCUACAACAACAUCAUUCGAGAUCUGAUCAUUCCAAACGAGGCAAAAGAAAUUCAGGUCAACAACACCGGGCAAGGAAGGCUCAAUACAUUGGAGAACUAGAAAGAAGUGUCCAAGCUUUACAGGCAGAAGGAUAUGAAGUUUCAGCUGAGCUUGAAUUUCUUGAUCAGCAAAACCUCAUAUUAGGUAUGGAGAACAGGGCCCUCAAACAACGCUUGGACAGUUUAUCUCAAGAACACUUCAUCAAAUGUUUGGAGCAGGAAGUGCUUGAGAGAGAAAUCACAAGACUACGAAAUCUAUAUCAGCAACAACAACACAAACAACACCAGCAGCAGCAACAACAAAAGAAUCAUGGUAGGAAUCGAUCUAAACAACGUCAAGAUCUUGAUGCAUCAAUUGCCAAAUUUUCUUUGAAGAAUAAGGGAAGAAGGAUAGAUAGUGUGAUCUGAUUGUGAGAUUCAUAUAUUCCAAAUAUAAAUAGUAUAUCUAUUUCACAUAGCAGAACUAAUGUCCCAAGUAUGUUUGGUGGAGUGGAUCUUGUAGAAGAAAGUAUAUUCAAAAUGGCUACUAUAUCCAUAGUGACAACAUUUUUUGUGUUGCCAGGUAUUGACAGUAGCAUAUGGUCCCAAUAUAUAGGAUGUAA